AUGGUGUCUGUUCCUGAAGUGAAUUUGAACUCUGGUAAAGUGAUUCCUACCAUUGGAUUAGGUUUCUGGCUUACCCCUGAAGAUCAGGCUGCAAACAUUGCCUACGAAGGACUCAAUGCCGGAUACAGGCUAUUGGAUUCAGCCAGAAUUUACAAAAAUGAGCAGGGUGUCAUUAAUGGUAUUGCAAGGUGGCUUGCUGAAGAUCCAGAACAUCGUCAUCGGGGAGAUGUUUUUUAUACCACAAAAAUUUAUGACACUGAACAUGGUUACAGUGAGACGAAAGCGGCUUUGAAUAAUUCAAUUGAAAAGGCCAAAAAAAUUGGAUACAUUGAUUUAGUUUUGGUUCACUCUCCACAAUCAAAUUAUGAGAAGAGGCAUGGAACUUGGAUGGCAUUACAAGAAGCUGUUGACAGCGGUAAGGUUAAGAGUAUCGGUGUUUCCAAUUAUGGAAUAAAGCACAUUAAAGAACUCUUGGCAUAUCCGGACUUGAAGUUUAAGCCUGUAAUCAAUCAAUUGGAGUUGCAUCCAUGGUUGACCAGAACAAAGCUAGUUGAAUUCAGUAAGUCUCAGGGCAUUGCGAUUGAAGCAUACUCACCUUUGACUCAUGGAAAGAGGCUGAACGACCCAGACUUGGUUAGAUUGGGAAAGAAGUAUUCAAAGUCUCCAGCACAGAUUUUAAUCCGGUGGUCUUUGGACAAAGGCUUCAUUCCACUUCCAAAGACGGUUCACACCGCACGCCUUGCGUCAAAUUUAGAUGUGUUUGACUUCAAUCUAACAAAUGAUGAAGUGAAAUUGUUAGAUCAGAAAGACGAGGAUUUGAAGUUCUGCUGGGAUCCUACAGUUUAUCCUUUGGAUAACGAGAAAAGAAAGGAUGCUUAA